ACGAGCAGAAGCGCGACUUCCGCCGCCGGGCGCCGUCGUCGCGCGUGUCGGGCCCCAUGGACGCCCCGUCGCCUCCCGCGCGGCUUCCCGGCGAUGGGGACGCGGCGGCCCCCGCCGCCCAGACGAGGGCGGCGUCGAAAGCGGGGGUUUCAGAUGGGCUGGCAUUAGAGAAAGAUUUUAUCAGUCCCCCACCAAGGAAAACUGUUCGGUUUGGUGGAACUGUGAUGGAAAUCAUGCUGAAAUACAGAAAGGGUGAGACAAAUGACUUUGAGUUGCUGAAGAACCAGCUGUUAGAUCCAGACAUAAAGGAUGACCAGGUCGUUAACUGGCUGCAGGAAUUCCGCUCAUCCAUCACCUACCUAACCAAAGAGUUUGAGCAGCUUGUCAACAUCCUCUUGCGCCUGAAGUGGCUGAACCGAAGUCCUGCCGUGGUGGAGGAGUAUCUGGGUUUCCUUGGUAACCUUGUGUCAGCGCAGACAGUUUUCCUUCGACCAUGUCUGAGUAUGAUCGCUUCUCAUUUGGUGCCUCCCCGAGUUGUCAUGAAGGAAGGCGAUGUCGACGUUUCCGAUUCGGACGACGAAGAUGAGAACCUUCCUGCAAACUUUGACACAUGUCACAGAGCCUUGCAAAUAAUAGCAAGAUAUGUCCCAUCGGCACCAUGGUUUCUUAUGCCAAUACUGGUAGAAAAAUUUCCGUUUGUUCGAAAAUCAGAGAGAACUUUGGAAUGUUAUGUUCAUAAUUUAUUAAGGAUUAGUGUAUAUUUUCCAACCUUGAGGCAUGACAUUCUGGAGCUUGUUAUUGAAAAGCUGCUCAAGUUGGAUGUGAAUGCACCCCGGCAGGAUAUUGAAGAAGCUGAAGAAAUGGCAGCCCAGGCUGGUGGCAGGGCUGAUGUUCCUGAAGGCCUGUUCAGUAUGGAUGAAGACGAAGAGACUGCACGUGAAACACAGCAUUCUGAGUUUCUUGAUGAGAUGGUCCAUCCUGUAGCUGAACGCCUGGACAUCCUCUUGUCUUUGCUCCUCUUCUACAUGAGGGAUGUCUGCUACGUAGACGGUAAGAUCGAUAUCACCAAAACAAAGGACUUAUACCGAGAUCUCAUGACAAUCUUUGACAAGCUCCUGUUGCCCACCCACGCCUCUGGCCACGUGCAGUUUUUCAUCUUUUACCUGUGUAGUUUUAAGCUGGGAUUUGCAGAAGCAUUUUUGGAACAUCUUUGGAAAAAGUUGCAGGAUCCAAACAACCCUGCCAUCAUCAGGCAAGCCGCUGGAAAUUACAUUGGAAGCUUUUUGGCAAGAGCUAAAUUUAUUCCUCUUAUCACUGUGAAGUCAUGCCUGGAUCUUCUGGUUAACUGGCUGCAUACGUACCUAGAUAACCAGGAUUCUGGAACAAAGGCAUUUUGCGAUGUUGCUCUCCACGGACCGUUUUAUUCAGCCUGCCAGGCUGUCUUCUACACGGUGGUUUUCAGACACAAGCAGCUGCUCAGCGGAAACCUGCGGGAAGGUUUGAGAUACCUUCAGAGUCUGAAUUUCGAACGUAUUGUGAUGAGUCAGCUCAAUCCUCUCAAGAUCUGCCUGCCCUCCGUGGUUAACUUUUUUGCUGCUAUCACAAAUAAGUACCAGCUCGUCUUCUGCUACACUAUCAUCGAGAGGAACAAUCGCCAGAUGCUGCCGGUGAUCAGAAAUACAGCAGGAGGGGACUCGGUGCAAACCUGCACGAACCCCCUGGAUACCUUCUUCCCCUUCGACCCCUGUGUUCUGAAGAGGUCCAAGAAAUUCAUUGAUCCUCUUUAUCAGGAAUGGGAAGGCAUGCGUGCCAACGAGCUUCAGGAAUUCAGGAGGCCCGUGACAAAGGAGCUCACAGAAGAUGAAGAAGAUGAUUUUCUGAAAGGUGAAGUUGGCAUCACGCCCAACUCCUUUGACACUCAUUUCCGGAGUCCUCCCAGUAGUGCAGGCUCCCCACCCAUGUGGUACCUGCCUGACCCGUCCCCUCGGAUCGCGGGGGUUUGACCGAGCGUCUGCAGCCCCCCUGCCCUGUAUUCAUCAGCCCUGGGUUCCCAACUACUCAAGCAUCGCAGCACACUCACAGAGUCUGCGUGGGCAUCUCCUGUGCCACCCAGCCCGAUUUUGUCCUACACUCUGUUUCCCACCAGGCAGAAUGGAAGGACUCCUAAGUGCAGUACUUUUCGGGGGGCUGAGGAUAAACAUGGAGAGGCUUGGCUGAUUUGGCUUUAAGCUAUACUUUUUUUUUUCUUUUUUGCAUGCUGUGGCUUAUUGACAUAAUUCUUGUGAAAUUUCUAACACUGACUAUGUUGUAGCCUCCUUUGAAACAGAACCAUACAGAGAUCUUUUCUCACAUCCGUACGAGCCACAGUCCAUCUGACUUAUUUUUUGUGACAAACCCUUUGGCACCCUGUUCCGAGACUUUGGAAUGUGUGUGUUGGGGAGCCCAUCAUGUACCAACUGCGGUAACUCCGUUUGUGUGUUGGGAUUUUCGUGGCCCCCCUAGAAUUAGGCGUGUGGGGGGAUGGCCAGGGCUGGUCCAGGACACUGGAGCUCGGAGCUGGCCCUGUGCAGGAGCUCCCGGGGGACUGCAGGCAGGAAGAGCCCGGAGGUAAGGGACAGAGGACCCUGGGGACAGCCAGCUGUGUCCUGUGCGAGGGUGUGAAAAGGUGGACACAGGGGUUCCAGUGACUCUGGUUCGCGAUGAGUGGAUGUGAGGUGGACGAGAGGCUGGGUGGGACGCAGCCCACAAUUCUCUACUCGCUGGCUCCCAAGAAACUGAGAACUGAGGCCAUGUCUCUGUGGAGGAAUGUCGCCGAGGCUUGCUCCGAACCCCUUCAGCUGGACUGCUGGAAAUUUUUUUAUGGUUUUUAAAUUUUGGUCCAAACAAAUAGGAAGGGAGAAGGUGGGUGCAGGGGAGUUUUUGGUUAUUCCCCGUAGUUCAGGGUUAGCGUGACUCUCUCCAUCAGCUGCUGUUCCUAUAGCAGAUCUGGUCCAGUUUUCUUUGCAAAGCUCUCGUGUUUUCAUAAACACCAAAAGAGGAGUCUAAAAUCUUCACAGUCGAACACAUUCAUGCAAUUGUUGUUUUUAAAGACUCUGUAUUCUAGUUUCAUGCUUUGUGUCCUCUUUGGUUACGUCUUGAAAAAAGCAAUGUCUUUAACCAUAUUUAUUUAUUUUUUCCUGUUACUCUAUUUAAAGUUAAGCAGUAUUUUCUUGGUCAUAAAUAUUUUGUAAGGAAAUACUUUGCCCUGGGUCUUUGUAUAUGUGCUUGUGUAACUUGAUGGCAACACAGAGUUUGAAUUUGUCUGUAAAAUCUGUUUUGGGAAAAUCGAAAAUUUUUGUUGCUUUACAAAAUUUUGGAUGAUGGUGACUUGGUGGAAAGUAAUUUGAGAAUUCGAAUAUUCUGUGUUUUUUUUUUUAAUUUUAGGGGGAAAGGUGGGGUCUCUUGUUCAAGUGAAAAACUAGCAGAUGUAUCUUUGUGUCAAAUGUAUCAAUGUGAAAGAAUAUGUUUACAAAGAUGCUUGUUUCAGUGGAGUUUGAAGGGGAGAAGUCCUUUGUGAAAAUGAAACAAUAACAUGGCUAAUUUCAUACUUUGUUCUUAUGCCAGUACAGUGAGGUGUUACAAUAAAGCGAU